AAUCAUAAACAAAAAUAGAACUAAUAAGAAGGCUGGGGGCUUUCAAUCAAUGGGUCUAAGCCAAACCUCACUUAAAGGUGUUUUAAGGAAAGGGUAUAAGAUGCCAACGCCGAUACAAAGAAAAGUAACCAUAAUGAUAGCUAUUCCUUUAAUACUUCUAGGAAAAGAUGUCGUUGCAAUGGCACGUACUGGGAGUGGAAAGACGGCAGCAUUUAUAAUUCCUAUGUUAGACAGACUCAAGUACCAUUCCCCCGUAGGACCUCGUGCGCUGAUCUUAAGCCCUACCAAAGAGCUUGCCAUGCAAACCCUUAGUUUUAUUAAGCAGCUUGGCAAGUUUUCCUGUCUCACGGUGGCUGUCAUCCUAGGAGGUGACAAAAUUGAGGAUCAAUUUGAUGCACUCCAUAGAAACCCCGAUAUUAUAGUAGCAACACCGGGACGAUUACUCCAUAUUAUCAUGGAGAUGAACAUAAAGUUAAGCACAAUACAGUAUGUGGUUUUUGAUGAGGGAGACAGGCUCUUUGAAAUGGGUUUUUCAGAGCAACUUGCUGAAACCCUACACCGUUUACCAAAGGCUCGUCAAACCCUAAUAUUCUCGGCCACGCUGCCUCGAGCUCUUGCUGAGUUUUCUAGGGCUGGAUUAAUCGAUCCCGUUUUAAUACGGCUUGAUGUGGAUUCCAAAUUGAGUCCGUUAACUAAGAUAGCACAUAUGAUCUGUUCGGCCGAUCACAAGUUCUCCAUCUUGUUCCACCUCAUUCAAAAUGUGGUACCAGCAAAAGAGCAAAUUAUAGUUUUCUUUGCUACAAAACAUCAUGUUGAAUACGCUGAAAACGUAGGUCCUUUCAUUUACGUGGUUCCAAAAUCCUGUAUUACUAUUUGUGAACCUCCAAAUUUUAGUCGUUAA